GUGAGGGCGGGCGGGCGGGAGGGAGGGAGUGGAGGAGCCGGGGAGGGGCUCCUUAAAGAAACGCUUCUGUCGCUCGCCUGCUCGCUUUUCGCUCGGCAUUGCAGCCAGCCAGCCGGGCACUCGGGGGCCACGCGCGGCCACCGCUAGAGCUCUGCCCCCACCCCACCCGCCAGCAGGUCUGGGGUGGGGACCCAGGCGGGGGCUCCUGCAGCCACUGCCCGGUGCGGACCGCACGGAGCGACCCACUCCUCCCGGCACCGAGGAAGAAGCAACGGAGCCCUCAGCAGGCGGCCGGCCUCUCCGCCCCUGACCACCCGCUUCCCGGCUGCCUUUGUGGCCGCAGCUUCUCGCCGCCGAGCCGUGGGCCGGCGGGGGCGCGGCGCGCACGGCCGAGCGAUGCCCAGCUCGCUGUUUGCAGACCUGGAGCGCAACGGCAGCGGCGGUGGCGGUGGCGGUGGCGGUGGCGGCGGCGGCGGCGGCGGCGGCGGCAGCAGCGGAGGGGGAGAGACCCUGGAUGACCAAAGAGCCCUGCAGCUCGCGCUCGACCAGCUCUCCCUGCUGGGGCUGGACAGUGACGAGGGCGCCUCUCUGUACGACAGCGAGCCGCGCAAGAAGAGCGUGAACAUGACCGAGUGCGUGCCAGUGCCCAGUUCUGAGCAUGUCGCCGAGAUCGUGGGGCGGCAAGGUUGUAAAAUCAAAGCGCUGCGGGCGAAGACCAAUACUUACAUCAAGACCCCAGUUCGUGGGGAGGAGCCUGUCUUUGUUGUGACGGGCAGGAAGGAGGAUGUGGCCAUGGCUCGGAGGGAGAUCAUCUCCGCUGCCGAGCAUUUCUCCAUGAUCCGCGCCUCCCGGAAUAAGAACACGGCACUCAACGGCGCGGUGCCUGGGCCGCCCAACCUGCCCGGGCAGACCACCAUCCAAGUGCGGGUGCCCUACCGCGUGGUGGGGCUCGUGGUGGGGCCCAAAGGCGCCACGAUCAAGCGCAUCCAGCAGCAGACGCACACGUACAUCGUGACGCCCAGCCGGGAUAAGGAGCCGGUGUUCGAGGUGACCGGCAUGCCGGAGAACGUGGAUCGCGCUCGAGAGGAGAUUGAGGCGCACAUUGCUCUGCGUACCGGCGGCAUCAUUGAGCUCACAGACGAGAACGACUUCCACGCCAACGGCACCGAUGUGGGCUUCGAUCUGCAUCAUGGGUCCGGCGGGUCCGGCCCAGGCAGCCUCUGGAGCAAGCCCACCCCCAGCAUCACGCCCACCCCCGGCCGCAAGCCCUUCUCCAGCUACCGCAACGACAGCUCCAGCUCGCUUGGCAGUGCUUCCACAGACUCUUACUUCGGAGGUGGGACCAGCAGCAGCGCAGCCGCUACCCCGCGCCUGGCGGACUACAGCCCCCCCAGCCCCGCCUUGAGCUUUGCGCACAACGGAAACAACAACAACAACGGCAACGGGUACACCUACACAGCAGGGGAAGCCUCAGUGCCAUCCCCCGACGGCUGCUCCGACCUGCAGCCCACUUUUGACCCGGCUCCCGCUCCCCCACCUGGGGCACCACUUCUCUGGGCCCAGUUCGAGCGGUCCCCGGGAGGCGGACCUGCAGCUCCGGUAUCUUCUUCCUGCUCUUCUUCCGCAUCUUCGUCUGCUUCUUCCUCCUCCGUGGUCUUCCCCGGGGGUGGCGCCAGUGCGCCCUCCAACGCCAACCUGGGGCUAUUGGUGCACCGCCGGCUGCACCCUGGCACCAGCUGCCCGCGCCUGUCUCCGCCCUUGCACAUGGCCCCGGGGGCGGGAGAGCACCACCUGGCUCGCCGGGUGCGCAGCGACCCGGGUGGGGGAGGCCUGGCCUACGCCGCUUAUGCCAACGGGCUGGGGGCACAGCUGCCUGGCUUGCAGCCGUCGGACACGUCGGGCUCCUCCUCUUCGUCCAGCUCCUCCUCCAGCUCUUCAUCCUCUUCCUCCGGGCUUCGGCGUAAAGGCAGCCGCGACUGCUCCGUGUGCUUCGAGAGCGAAGUGAUUGCCGCGCUGGUGCCCUGUGGCCACAACCUCUUCUGCAUGGAGUGCGCCAACCGCAUCUGUGAGAAGAGCGAGCCCGAGUGCCCGGUCUGCCACACCGCGGUCACUCAGGCCAUCCGUAUCUUUUCUUAAAGGCAGCGGGCGCUAGUGCGCACCGUGCUGGGGGAAGGGGGAACCCCUCCCCAUCCUCAUUCCCCAGCGCUCGCCUGCCUCCCUGGGUGCCCCCCCUCUCCCUUCUCCUUUCCGGCCCCACCAACACUCUGAGAUCCGAGAGGAGCUUGGAAAGCUGUAGUAUCCGCUCGUUUUUAAAAUUUAAUUUUUAAGUAAAGGAAUUUGCCAGGA